CGCUUUCGCCCAGGCACAUGUGCGAGCAAUGUGUGGAGCUACUACUGCAGUUCUGCGACUUCCAACGCAUGGUAUUGCGCACAGAUUUCAAGCUACGCAAACGUCAUACCCAUACCCAGAGAAAAGUGAAUGCGCCGCAGUUGUCCAAGUGCUUGACAGAGCAGCAAAUAGAGGAGGAUGCGGCUGCCACUGCGGAUGAAUAUGUGUAUGUGCUGGAGGAGACCGUCGACAGCAUAGUGUCCGAGCAGCGUCUCGAUAGCGCGUCGCCCAAAGUGGAACUGUUUGAGGUUGACUUUGAGCCCGAAGAGAAGUAUGUAGAGAAACAGCACGAACAAGAGGAGGAAGAAACUUCAAUAGCAACAGUGAAGACAGAGGAAAGCAAUGUCAAACAACGUUCCCAGCAUCGACGCAAAUCCUAUAAUCCCGCUCUACAAUGCCCGAUGUGCAGCAUGCAGCUGAGCACGAGUAACUCCUUUAAAUAUCACAUGCAAUUGCAUGGCGAGGAUCGUCCCUAUGUGUGCAACAUUUGCGGCGAUUCAUUCAAGACACGUAACGCAUACGAUGGCCAUGCAAGGCUCCACAAUCCCAACAAUCCCAACAAAUGUCGCACGUGCGGUAAAACGUAUCGUCAGGCCUCUUCGCUGCGUUCCCAUCUCUUGAGCUACACCGAUGUCAAGCCCUUCACCUGCGACAUAUGCGAAAAGGGUUUAACACAGAAGUCCGGCUACAAGAAGCACAUGCUGGCGCACACGGGCGAAAAUCCGCACACCUGCGACAGCUGUGGACGCAGCUUCCGCUACUCCAGCAAUUUGAUUGCCCACAAACGUUCGCAUUCCCGCAAAGUUGGUGCCGUCGAUCAACAAAAGGAGCAGCUCGAAUAAUGCUAUAUAUACGACUAUAUAUAUACA